AUGGAGCACAGGAAAGGCAAAACCAUCGUGCCCACCAUGUGGGGCACCAUGAACCUUUUCCCGGUGUUGGCACUUGUCUUUAUCGUCCUCAGGCUUUAUUGCAGGCGUUGGCUUAAGAAGGCAACGACUGGUUAUCUGGAUGAUUAUGUGUUGAUUUUCUCCUGGAUCCUGAUGGUCAUAACCUCCACCAUAGGUCUCAUGCUUGCCAAGCACGGCGUUGGCACAGCCAUCGUCGAGGGAGAUGAGAUCAUAGUCGAACCAGAGGUGAUGCACGCUCUUCUUUUCUGGACCGCAAACCUGUUACUCUUCGGCAUCAACGCGAUCGCUUUCUCCAAAGUGUCUUGGUUCAUCACCCUCAUUCGCCUCGUCACCAAUCGUUGGCAAAAGGUCGUGCUCUGGGUCCUCAUGGUGUUCAGCACCGCCGCCCUGUUUGCCGCUUCCACUUUGGGGUACUACCAAUGCCAUUUCGAGCCCGAUGGGACCGGGAGCAAAAAGAAAAGGUGUCUGAAUAACAGGUUUGCCAUCAUAUUCAGCUUCGUGGUCGCCAUUUACUCGACUGUCCUGGAAUUUGCUUUGUCGGCCGUUCCCGCCUAUGUCGUUUGGAAGUUGCCACUCAAGCGGACCACCAAGAUCGGCAUCGUCUGUGCCACGAGCGUGGGCUUUGUGUCGGCGAUGAUGGGAGCCUUGAGAACGAAGGCAUAUUAUGAUCACCUGUUUCCACUGGGAAAGUUACCCGAAAUGUAUUCCCUAGGAUGUGUCAUCAUGUUUGCGGUCCUCGAAGUGUGCACCACAAUCAUAGCCGCUAGCAUCCCCUUCCUUCGUCCGCUGGUAAAGAAGAUGGCUAAAGCCUAUGACGAGGACGACUUGUCGUGGCCAUAG